CCAGAUCCAUGGCCCAAAGCUCCAUUUCAUCAGCGUCUCUCUCUGAGUCUGAGAGAGAUCAUUAGGAGGAGAUGGAGCAGACGGAGAAAGAGUCGAUAAGAGCGGCUUCGGGGGAGGUUUCUCGUGAAUUCAAAACCCUUAUCAACGCUGAGGAUUUGGACUCCCUCAACCAAUUGCAGCACCUUAUAUUGGGAAGAUUGCAGGACAGCAAUGCAGUGCUGUCGCAUUUCAAUGAGUAUUCAGAGCAUUGCUUUGCUGAGGUUUCUGGGGACUUAUCUAGAAAUACACGUCUUUUGAGGUCUAUGAAGUCAGAUCUUGAUUACAUAUUUCAGAAACUAAGAAGCAUGAAAUCGAGGAUUUUGGCUACCUAUCCAGAUGCGUUUCCAGAUGGUUCAACUGGAGAAGUACUUGACCGGAGACCAGACCUUGAAAUUCCUCACUAACACUUGACAUGCAGUGAAGGUCACUUUUUUUUUUUUUUUUUUUUUUUUUUUUUUUUGUUUUGUGAUUGCAAUAUUAUAUAUUUGAGGUUUGUCUUGUUCAGAACUAAACCCAGCACUGUGAUCUAUGAAAGAAGUGUAUAGAGCCUAAAUAAAAAAAAGAUGGAUAUUUUUUAUUA